AGCAGCAAAACAUUUUGUCGAGACGGGAGAAAGUCAACAGAAUAGUUACAAAUGAAUGGUUUGUUUAAAAAACAUUCCCGUAGCCUAAAGAAGCACAUUUUUGCAGCGUUUCGUUAAUGAUGGAUAUGCUCAAUGCUGACCAAGGCAAUGGAAAAAAUACAGUCGGGGAUGACUUUCUGGACAGGAAUGUUGUGCUUUCUGACUAUAUCCAGCCAAACGAGGAAGCAGAUGAAAGGGAAGAAGUACAGUGUGGACCCAACACCCUAGAGGCCAGCAGGAGUGGGCGACUGAGAAGGAAAAGAAACUCCUCUCCUGGAGUGGAAGCAGCUCCCAAAAGAAGACUCCCUGCUGGGAAGAAAGCCAUAGUAAAAGCAAGCAAAGUGACACGCAGAGGGAGAGACGCCGCCUUCUCCUGUGACCUGUGCAAGUCUCCUUUUGUCACUCACCCUGCUAGACGAGGGAGCAGGCCCAAAACCUCCACCUCCAGCCCCAGCCCACGAUACAGAGCUGACCCAGGGAUGGGACUGACAAGCACUCUCUGCAAUGCAUGUGGUCUGUCAUUUGAGAAGCCAAAGCGUGCUCCAGCUUCAGUCACCCCGAUAGACCCAGCUGAGCGGAGCAGGCAUGAGCAAGAACUGCAGGCCUUUUCUCAGUCCAUGGUGCAGUUGCUAGGAGACCAGGAUGCCAGAAGACUCUGCUGCCCAGUCUUUGCUAAGAAACCCUGUCUGUGCCUGCAGAGUUAUAUCAAAAGGGCAGCGGAACCAUUAUCAAACACACCUGUGACAGUCCCUUCUGCAAGUGACAACAUGUUGGAAUAUCGCAGUCGAGCUCAGAGGGUCCUGUCUCUGCUAAAGGAAGCCAAAGAACUCGGCUCACAGAAGUGCUACGACCCCAGUGCAGAGCCGCAGGAUGGCAAGAGCAAAAAGAGGCAGAUUGGACUGGGUAAUGGGCAGCGGAAGUCCCAGGAGUUUGCAGACUUCGUGCUGACAAACAGGAAGGUGCUGCGAGAGGAGCUGAAGCUGUGUGAGCGAGCCACCCAGAGGAUCCUGGGAUACUCCAACAACUUCCUCCACAAGAGACUCAAAACAGACCCCCAGGGAAGAGAAAGAGUACAGAGGACAAAAGGCAAAAGUGCUCUGGGUCUCCUGAAGCCAAUUCUAGACCUCAGUAAAGAUAGAUGCUGUAUGGACAACUGUGUUGUUAUGGCUCACUCCUAUGGGCGCUUACUCUAGCUCUGGAGGGAGAGGGCCCAGACAGGGCAGGCUGAAGCACGUAGGGUCCUGGCUGAAAUGUUGACCCCUUC